AUGGGAGCCACAGUCCGACGUAGGCCAUCUGGCUGUAUUACCGGCCGUGUGGCGAAGAAGCCUAGCUCACAGAAGCCCACGGCUGCUCUCAAACGCCCGAGCCUGUCCAGAGCAGCUACAGCAGCGGCAACUGCGGCCCUUUGUGGGAGCCGUCGCCGAGCUCGGAAGCCAGCAAGCCAGGUCUCCAAGAUCAAGACCAGCCUCUCCUCUCCAAGCAGUUCCUCAGGCCGCACCUCGCAGAUCUCCUGGUUCCCAGACUCAUCGGAAGCUAUCGAUGCAAUGGAUCUGGAGCUGGUUCCGCCGAAUCCGCCGGAGUCGUCCCAUGGGCCGCCGUAUGGGCCGCCGCGACCCCAGCCCGUACGGGAUCACUCCUCCGAUUCUGCCGAAAUCGAACGGAGUGGGAGGAUGCACGGCCCCCCUUGCGACGACUUUCUCGAGAACCCCAUCAGCAGCUGGAUCAUCACGUCGAGCCACCUGAGCCUGCUGGAGCAGCUGGUUUUAUUUGGGGAAACUCCGCCUCUUAUAAGGACCGGAAAGUGGAGCAUGGACUACUCUUGCCUUAAGUCGGCCGGCUGCUUGGUCGGUGUGUUCCCGCUCAUCACUUUAUCAGGUCAGCCUGCUGUGGCUUGCAUCUUCGAGAACGGCACAUGCCUCACGUGGGAGAUUGCCAAAAGGAAAGCGAAGGCUGUCGAAAGGGCGGCGGCUCGAGACCUGGCUCAGACGGACGCCGAAGAGGAAGAGGAGUCUGCUCAGGACGGCCCAGCCAGGGAGCCGGUGCAAGGAGACGGUGAUGCUAACGACUCCCCGGAGUACGAGGCCGAUGAGGGCCAGAUGGACACUCUCCAGGAUACAAUGCGAUCACCAGUGCGACCUGGAGACCAGGGGCGUGAUGCGAGAACCAGCGAGCCAUCGAGGCCUUCCCAGGCGUCCAGAUCCAGCUCUGUCACUGCUGCAACGGCCCCUCGACGGGAGCCGCCGCGAGAAGUCUGGAUUCAGAGGAGCGAACGCUGGAAAAUAGAGACUUCGAAGGCUUUGUCGCAGAUACUGCGACAUUCGGGACAGCGGUCUGGGCUGCGGGUGCGAGAAGACGGCUACGCUUCCGUCAAGGAAGUGUUGAAGCACCCGCGUCUCCGCAAUGCGGGUGCCACGCUAGCUGACGUUCAGGUGGCAGUGACGGACAACGCGAAACAGCGUUUCCAACUGUCCCACCAAGGCCACGAGCUUCUCAUCAGAGCCACCCAAGGGCACUCUAUGCAGCAGGUCCGCGACGACCUUCUUCUUACCCGGAUCACGGCCCCAGAGGAGGUGCCGCUGGCGGUGCACGGAACAUAUCUUCGGCAUUACGCCUCGAUAUAUCAGCAAGGCCUGAGGGCGGGAAGAGACAGAGGGCAGCGAGCCAGGAAACAUAUACAUUUCGCCAUGGCCCUGCCUCGAGACCAACACAGGGCCACAUCUGGAAUGAGGACAGAUGUCGAAAUCCUGAUAUAUCUGGACAUCUCACGUGCUCUCCGCGACGGCAUGCACCUGUAUGUCAGCACCAACUCGGUGGUGCUGUCGGAAGGCUUCAAUGGAUGCAUUCCCAUCGACUAUAUGUCGAAAGUGCAGUAUAUGCACCGGCACUGUGCUUGCGACGUCCCCGGAGAUCCAGUUCCAUCGCCAGGCCGGCUUAAAGUCGCAUUUGCAGCGGUUGGUGUUUCACCUCGGGAGGGAGGUCGUGGCCACUCUCCGGCCCCGGAACGGGUGCCGAAAUCCAGGAGGCAUUCGAGAAAAGCUCGCUUCGACCCAUGCUUAGUCCUGCCCUCUUUGAUCAGACCACCUAUGAUCCUUUCUGAUUUUGAUUUUGAUAUUGCUCAGGUCCUUUCCCACCCGACUCGCCGUCAUCAAGCUCCUGCCUCGGCUGCACGACACCAGCGAAUUGCGCCUUCAUCUCUUCUCUUUGAGGGACCUUUAUCACCCCACCCACGGCAUUGGCAGGCUCGGCCUCGGCCUCUACUUGAGAGCCGCCGCAACUCCAGAAGAAGCUCUCGCAAGAAGCGAUCCUCUCAGUCUCUUUUUCGCACAUUCUUGCUUGACUGCCCCUGGUGCAUGUGCUCUCAGUUGGCAUGGUCUGUUGGUCUGCUGCAGUAUUUUUCCGUCAUAUUUCGCCCUGGAGGCGGACCUAGGCAACACUAUAGACCCGACGGCAUCCGGCGCCGGACGGCCGGCGAGAUCACCAAACGAGCCGCACGAGCGGCCGCCAAAGCCGGCAAUGAUCCAGGCAAUGCCGAUGGAGCGGCGACAGGUGCAGCUGGUUCAGCUAGUGCUACGGCAGCCACUCCGGAGCCACCGAAAGGGCAGCCGAAAGGGCCACCGACGGGGCAGCCAUUGAUUAUUGGCACAGGUACGGCUCCGCCACCGAAAAAGGCGCAGUCCGACGGCCCCAUGUUGGGAGCCGGCGCCGCAGCCUCAGCCACUACAGCCACUGCAUCCCAGACCCCAGGCAUUGGCUGUCCGACCUCUGGGAAAGCUGAGAGCCCAACAGCUACUGGAUCGCGUCCCACCGAGUCGAGUGCCACGAGUUCAUGGACUCCGAUGCUGCCGGCAGCGAGGGGGCUGCCUCCUCAGCCGCCCCCCCCCCUGUCCAAAAGAGCUCAUGGGAAAGGCCAAGGACGUGCACCUCCGCCCGCCCCGAAGAAGGUGGAAUGGGUACCCAAACGAUCCAAAGCCCCACCACCAGGCAUCACAGUCAACCUGGACACAGCCACGGAGAAUUCGGAGAAGCCGGCUUCUCCGGCCAAAAGGUCGGUGCCAAUAACGACGAUCGCUCCGACCACGACUCCGAUAUUCACUCAGGCGGCCCCCAAUGGGGAGCCGGCCUCGACAUCCGCGGCAUCCACCCCUACCUUGACGACGGAUGCCUGUCAGCCGAAGAAGAAGCGUAGGAGCAAGACGGUGCCGCCGCCCAGCACCACACCUGAUCUCGAGGAGACGCAACACAAAUGGGACUUGUUACAGAGGGUUCACACGGCGGCAGUCGAGCUUCAGGACGCUGAAGUGCCGUACCUUCUGCACCUGUACCAGUCAGCAGGCGGGUACAUAUCAAGACACAAUGACUUUCACGCCAUGAGAGACCGACUCACAUACGAAGGCGUCGUCGGCCCCUACGGGGUGCCGCUUCCCUUGCCGCCUGUCGGCAACUAUAUCUUGAGUCUGGGGGUGAGCAUUCUUGAUCUGCAGCACAGCGGCUACCUCACGCACAUCAGGAACUCGAGCACAUUCGGGGACCUGAUUGAAGCCUGGUCGCUCACUUUAUGGGAAAGCUCCCGACGUGAUCUACUCGAACAACUCGGCGAGCUCUUCACGUUAUUGCACUGUCUGAUCAGCAACAUACCCCGCCGCAUCUACGAUUCCCUCUCAUGGCGAAUCACGCUCGACCAGCUGACCAUGGUGUUCAGGACGUGGCUCGGCACUCCGUCCCAAGCUGCUCUUGCCGUCACUGAUCAAGAUGCUGCUGUUUCAGGCCCACCUGAUCUAUAUGACCGCCUGUUCCGAGCUCGAUCCCUCUCACCGCGUAGCGGCCCCCUCUCGGGGAGCCGGCCCACUGCAAUGGCGGAAGACCGUCUGCAGCAGUACACAUUUUCCGCGGAGGCUGGCAAAUUUUCGAUCCCACAGGCUAUUCUGGAGCGGGAUCGCGCCUUUUCACCAGACUCGGGGGACGAAUCGCAACCAGA